UGGGGGACCCUGUGCUGCAGACACUCUCCCUUCCUGCCUUGAGGACCGUAGAGUGCCUGGUGGUUUUGGUGUUUUGGCUGAAUCAAGCCCUUCCAACCGACCAUCAGAGAGGCAUUGUUCUCUGUUUUACCUGCAUAUCCCUGGGUGUUUUGGUCUGCUGAUGGGGCAUAGUUUAAAGGAAGCAAGUGGGAUUUUACUCAUAUUCUCUUGGCCACUGUUUUGCUGUUUCUCCUGGGGCCAGAGUCCAGGGUCAGAACAUCCCACAGGCAAUAUUGGAACGUCCUGGAAUUGUGUAACGUGCAUUUGUUCUUCACGUGCAACACGCAGGGACUGGGACUCCUGACUUGAAGGCUGGGUUCAUAAGGAAACUUUUUGUUUAACUCAGUUGGGCAUGUUUAUCUGCAUUGGAGAAGCUGGUUCUUAUCAGGCUGCCAGAAUUUAAUCUUUUGGAAGAGAGUAAUAACGAAACACAACCCGACAGAAUAGAGUAACCUAGAGUACACCGAGGACCACCAUGUAAAUUGUGUAUAUGACCUUUUUGUGCAGGUUCUGAAGAAGAGUAAAGAUCACAAGGCCUAUAACAGACACACGAAGUUCAGCCAUACUACAUAAAGUUGAAGGGAGAAGAAAGAACGAGAGGAACACCAGCCCAGCCAUUUGAGUUGAGACUACAGAGCGUUCACACAGACAGCAGACAGCAGAGAGCUGUGUAGAGAACGUCCCAUGGAUUUAGUCACGAAGAUGCCACAAAAGACUUUUACACUUUUCAUGGACAUGGCCAAAGCUCUCAAGCUCCUCAUCAGCUCGAAGUCUAAAUCUAUCUCUGCUGGGGAUACCAGCCAGUUCUAUACCAGCCAGAACUCUUCCUCUCCAGAAGUCAUUGAGAACAUUGGUAAGGCAGUGGCAGAGGGGAAUUUACAGAAAGUGAUACACAUAGCCAAAGGUGAAAUGGAGAGUAAGUCUAGAUACACAGUGAAGAUCGCCGUGACUGGGGACUCUGGCAAUGGCAUGUCAUCUUUCAUCAAUGCCCUUAGGCUCAUUGGACAUGAGGAGGAGGAUUCAGCUCCCACUGGGGUGGUGAGGACCACCCAGGAACCAGCCUGUUACUCCUCCUCCAACUUUCCCUAUGUGGAGCUGUGGGUUCUGCCUGGCUUAGGCGCCACAGCCCAGAGCGUGGAGAGCUACCUGGAUGAGAUGCAGAUCAGCACCUAUGACCUCAUCAUCAUCAUCGCUUCUGAGCAGUUCAGCUCAAAUCAUGUGAAGCUGGCCCAAGCCAUGCAGAGCAUGAGAAAGAGGUUCUAUGUCGUCUGGACCAAGCUGGACAGGGACCUCAGCACGAGUGCCCUCGCCGAACCCCAGCUACUGCAGAGUAUUGAAAAGAAUAUCCUGGAGAAUCUCCAGAAUGGUCGGGUGAGGAAACCUCCCAUGUUCCUGGUAUCCUGCUUCAGUCCCGUUUUUCACGACUUUCCAGAGCUUAGAAACACACUGCAAAAAGACAUCUUCAACAUCAGGUAUAGAGAUCCCUUAGAGACUCUUUCUCAAGUCUGCGACGGGCACAUCAGCAAUAAGGCAUUCUUUCUAAAGGAGAACCAGAUGUUCACAGAACACCUGGAGCCAGCUGUCAGCCCCGCAUAUGAUCCUGCUGACCUGGAGAGGGGUCUCAAAACCUACCAGAAGCACUUUGGCGUGGAUGAUGAGUCACUUCAGCAGGUAGCUCAGAGGACAGGGAGACUGGAGAUGGCCUCCAGGGCCUUGCAGUUCCAGGACUUGCUCAAGAUGGACUGGCAACUGAGGCUGAUGAUGUGUUCUGCUGUGAACAUGUUCCUCAGGGUCCUUGCAGUCUCAUGGUGGUUUGGCUUGUGGAACUUCGUUAUCCGCUUCUUCAGUCACCAGAGACACAAGCUCAUCAUUGGAAUCGUCGCUAAGAACACCAAGAGCACCCUGAGGAGAGCUCUAAAGGACUAUGCCCUCCCUCCUGAAAUCCUUUGGGAAGGGUCUGGCUUUCCCUCAAGUGGAAUUCAGGCUGCCUCAGGGUCUUUUGCUUAGAGCCCUAGCUAUUCACUAGAAAGCGAAGGCUGUAGCAACAGCUUGUAAUAAUGCUUAAUUUUAGAGGUCUUAAGGAAGUUGCUCAUCCUCCUAUAUUCAACUCUAAUACCCUGUUCCUUCACAGUGCAAGCAUUUGCCGAGAUAAUCAGCCAAGCUUUCCUAGUUCAGUACCUAGAUUUUUAUGCUUUUAGUCUUCAUUGUGAUUCGUGUUUAAAUUAAAUCUUUUCCCUCCUAAAACAUUAAAGUUGCCUUCUUUGA